AUCUCGUCUUCUACCUACCUUCCCUCUGUCCUCUUCCCCAUUCUCCAUCCUUCUCCUCACAAGAUGUCCAUCUGCACACACUCCGACUAAAAAAAGUUUCUCUUCCAAGAACUGCAUUCCCCCACCGUCAGCCAUGGUGGCGACUGAGCUGCUGAGACUUUCCGUGACGCCUUUCCCUAAAUUCUGCCACGGCCAAAGUCAGAGGCUCCUUUUUUACCACGUUGACCACAAUGCUCAGCUGACCAAGCGCCGCCGCUUCCUCCUCCUCCGGCGGCAGCGCGUCCUUCCCAAUCUCUCCAUUUCCAGCUCCCUCCAGACCAAGCCUGAACUUCAGGACUCCCGAAUCGAGCCUCGCGAGCGUCCCAAGGACUCCCCGAUUCUCCUCGAUGUGAGCGGGAUGAUGUGCGGCGCCUGUGUCUCGCGCGUCAAAUCGGUGCUCUCGUCCGACGAUCGAGUCGAAUCCGCUGUGGUCAACAUGCUGACCGAGACGGCUGCAGUUAAGUUGAGGCCGGAGGCUGUGGAGAGCGAUACGCCGACGAAUCUAGCUGACAGUUUGGCUCGGAGGCUGACCGAUUGCGGAUUCGAGUCGAAGAGGAGGGUCUCGGGGAUGGGAGUCGCGGGAAAUGUGAAGAAGUGGAGAGAGAUGGUGGAGAGGAAAGAGCAGAUGCUGGUUAACAGUCGAAACCGUGUGCUUUUUGCUUGGACUUUGGUGGCGUUGUGUUGUGGAUCGCACGGUUCGCAUAUCUUGCAUUCCUUUGGCAUCCAUCUCGCUCACGGCUCAUUCUUUGACGUGCUUCACAAUUCAUAUGUGAAGGGUGGUUUCGCUGCGGGGGCUCUCUUAGGACCAGGGAGAGACCUACUUUUUGAUGGGUUAGUGGCCUUCAAGAAAGGAUCACCAAACAUGAAUUCUCUCGUGGGAUUUGGAUCAAUCGCUGCAUUCCUAAUCAGUGCGGUCUCCCUUCUUAACCCUGGUCUUCAAUGGGAUGCAUCCUUCUUUGAUGAACCGGUCAUGCUUCUUGGUUUUGUCCUUCUUGGGCGUUCUCUUGAGGAAAGAGCCAGGAUCAGGGCAUCUAGUGAUAUGAACGAACUUCUUUCACUCGUAUCCACUCAGUCACGGCUUGUAGUUACAUCAUCAGAUAACAGCACACGUGCUGAUACUGUUCUUGGCUCUGAUGCAAUAUGUGCCGAGGUUCCGACGGAUGAUGUUCGUGUUGGAGAUGCAUUGCUAGUCCUUCCUGGCGAAACGAUUCCAGUAGAUGGCAAAGUAGUUGCAGGGAGAAGUGUGGUAGAUGAAUCCAUGCUUACAGGUGAAUCACUGCCUGUGUAUAAGGAAGAAGGCCUCAAAGUCUCUGCCGGAACAAUAAAUUGGGAUGGCCCUUUGAGGAUUGAGGCCUCUUCUACUGGCUCAAACUCCACUAUAUCAAGGAUUGUAAGCAUGGUUGAGGAUGCUCAAGGCCGUGAAGCACCUGUACAAAGGCUUGCAGAUGCAAUUGCGGGGCCAUUUGUGUACAGCAUAAUGACAAUAUCAGCAGCAACUUUUGCUUUUUGGUACUAUAUUGGAGCACGUAUUUUUCCUGACGUGUUGCUCAAUGAUAUUGCCGGACCAGAUGGCGAUCCAUUACUUUUGAGCCUUAAACUUGCUGUGGACGUAUUGGUAGUUUCCUGCCCAUGUGCACUUGGACUAGCUACACCAACUGCAAUCCUGGUUGGAACUUCCCUUGGUACAGUUUCUCACUUAUUGUCAUCUCACAAAGGAAUGCUUUUUACCAGGCAGAUCAGAAAUGAUAUGGCAUGCUACAAAAUAUGAGCAAAGCAAGGACUAAUUAUAAGGGGAGGGGAUGUAUUGGAACGCUUGGCAAGCAUAAAUUACAUUGCUUUAGACAAGACAGGCACUCUCACCGAAGGAAAACCAACUGUCUCGGCAGUGGCUUCAUUUAGCCAUGAAGAAUGGGAAAUUCUUCAAAUGGCUGCUGCCGUUGAAAAGACGGCACACCAUCCAAUUGCAAAAGCUAUAAUAGCUAAGGCAGAAUCACUGGAGUUGAGUAUCCCAGAAACAAGAGGGCAAAUUACAGAACCAGGUUUUGGAACUUUGGCAGAAGUGGAGGGACGUUUGGUUGCAGUUGGCUCUUUGGAUUGGGUCCAUGAACGCUUUCAUCGGAGGACUGCAUUAAUUGAUAUACAAAACCUUGAGGCUGCAGUGGUAAAUCGAUCGUCAAAAGAGAUGCUCGAGUCUAACUAUUCUAAAACACUGGUGUUUGUUGGCCGGGAAGGGGAAGGCAUCAUCGGUGCUAUUGCAAUAUCAGACUGUCUGCGUCAUGAUGCUGGAUCUACUGUUAGUAGAAGCCUUGCCAUUAUUGUACUUGGAAUUUUCAUGUCAUGUAGUGUCUUUUUUCCUGCUUUUAAUGCUGAUUUUCUUACCUCUUGGUUGGCUAGCCUCCAACAGAAGGGUAUCACAGCAGUCCUCUUAUCCGGAGACAGGGAAGAAGCAGUAGCAACAGUAGCCAGAAAUGUUGGCAUAGGAAGCGAACACAUAAAUGCAGCCCUGACUCCGCAGCAGAAAUCUGAGGUUAUCUCAACCCUUCAAGCAGCAGGACACUGUGUUGCAAUGGUAGGUGAUGGGAUAAAUGAUGCACCCUCCUUGGCUCUUGCUGAUGUGGGAAUCGCCCUCCAAAACGAAGCGCAGGAGAAUGCAGCAUCUGAUGCUGCAUCCAUUAUCCUCCUCGGCAACAAGCUCUCACAGGUCGAAGAUGCCGUGGAGCUGGCUCAAGCAACCAUGGCUAAAGUGUAUCAGAAUUUAUCUUGGGCAGUCGCAUAUAACGUGGUCGCUGUCCCUAUCGCAGCUGGGGUAUUGCUUCCCCAAUAUGACUUUGCCAUGACCCCAUCACUAUCAGGUGGCCUUAUGGCAUUGAGCUCCAUAUUUGUUGUCACCAACUCAUUACUUCUGCAGCUCCAUCGAUCACCGAAUGCCCGAUGAAGCUCUCUGUUCCUCAUAUCGCAGUCUGAAUAUCCAUUCUAUACACGAGCCUUCUGCAGCUCCGCCAUCACUGAGAUUUGCCUUAUUUAUUUUGUGCGUAGCAGUGGGAUUUGGAUGAAGAUAUAUGAUUACAUUAACUAUUAAUACAGGGUAGCUGUUGUGUGUUCAGGGAAAAUUAUAGCGUUAAUUGAAAUGAAGAUGAGAAUAAGCUCCACUUAUUAGGCUUCUAGCAGCAGUAAAAAAGAGCGACCUGAAUACAGACCGAGCACGAACCAGCACCGAAGGAGUGUGCCGUGUGCAUUCUCAGCUGUCUUGCUACAAGCAUGUUGCCCUGAUUAACGAUAUUUUGUAUGUAUAGUGUUUCCAGGAGCGGGUGUAGCAGCUGUUGUCCCUUUUGUGUCAUACUUUUUUGUUAUAGUAAAUAUCGAAAAUAAGGAACCAGCACCUAAAUUAUUGUAUUAUUGCUUAAUAGAGCCAUGUCUACUAAUACUUUUUGUUAUAGUAAUAUCGAAAAUAAGGAACCAGCACCUAAAUUACUGUAUUAUUUGUAUUAUUGCUUAAUAGAGCCA